AUGACACUUCCCCAUUUAUUAAUGAACCACGAGCGGGGUACCCCAAUUGCAGAGGAGCAAUAUGAUGGAGAUCCCCCUGAUGGGCACGUCGUAAAAUGCUACAACGUUCCAUCACAUAUAUGCGGAGAAGGGAUCCUUUAUUUCCUCCUGGGCGUAGAGAAGAACGCUGGGUUUGAAAUUAAAAAGGUGCUGAGACCGGUGAAGGAAGAAACGAAUUUGUAUCCAUGGAAAGUAAUUUGCAAUGAGCAGUUUGCGUCCUUCCUCCUUCAGAAGGAGAGGAUCCAAAUAUAUGACGAUAUAAAAAGGAAUAACAGAAUUUUGGUGAGAGUACCCCACGGGAAGGAGACAAACGGUGAGGAAGCAGCUACUGUACAAGUGGACAGAGGGGGGGAUGGCACACUAAAUGACACAGUCGAACAUGGGGUCGCCCCAAAAAAGGAAGAUACGAAAUGGAGUAUCUUUCGUUUUAUCAAUCCUCAAAAAAACGAUGCGGAUGGAGACGACGGUGGAAGGGGAGACCCCUCAUGUUAUAGCAGCCAUGUCGUUUCAUCGGCUCAAAAUUAUGACUUAGGUGAAGUAAAAAAAAUGAAUAAAGGGAUCUUUGACACAGAUUCCGUCUCGAGUAACAUCGGCGAGACUGCUCCAGGUGGCGAUAACUCACACUUAAGUCUCGACCGAGAAUUUGCAACGGACUCUCAUCAAAUUGGGAACGGCGUGGAGUACCGUUUAUAUGACGAGUCCCUUCUUGGCGGAGAAGACAACCGUGGUGGCGACGGUGAACGUGACGACGAUGGUGAUAGGAGUGAUGAAAGCGAGAGUGACCUUUCGAAUGAUGGGAACAGUGACUGGUUUGGAAGUGAGUCCAGCUUUGCGAUGGAUGGGGAGGGAAUCCCACAGGGGAGGAUACGGGGCCUAUGGCGGGGUGAGAGGAAUCGCGCGGAAGACGGCGAAGAAGCAGCAUCGAGGAUGGGUCAGGACAGAAUGGGCCACAAACGAAGGCAGGGACAACACAGCGCAAACGAGGACUCACAAGAGGAAGAAGAACACUACGAAGAGUCCUAUCGGGGCAGCAAUUACAGAAAUGUAAAGGCACAAAUGGGUGAUGAUUAUUACCAAAGGAAAGAUUCCUUCAAAUGGGUUGAAAGUAAAAAGAAUUCCAACACGUCUGACACGAAGAGUGGAUGUGAAUUGAAGAGCUUAGUUAGCUCCUGUCGCAAUGAGGACACCAGUGUGCGGAAUGGGGAGGAAGGCAUUAUGAGCAGUGCUUCAAGUGGUAGAAAAUGGAGCGGGAAUAUUGCGCCAUCAGAUUGGGUGAAAGCUCCCCACGGAGGAAUCACGCAUGAAAAUAAAAAUGAUAUGGAGGAAGACGAAAUGGAUGAGCAUAAUCUGAAAGGGAAAAGCAGGAAAAAAAACGCAACCUGUGAUGCAAUCAAAGGAAUAAUAAAUGAACAAAAGGAGCUUUUAAAAAAAAUUAAAAGGAGAAAAAAAAUGAACAAAAGAGGUGUCGCAAAAAUUAACAUAUACUUUUGUCCAGGUAGUAUGGAAGAAAUAAUUACAGACAUACGGGAGGAAGACGCGGGGGUGAAAGUGCCAACGAUGAUAGACUUCCCACUGGAGGAGAAGAGGCAGUUCCUGUUGGAUGCCUAUGGCUGGACGAUGGAGGAUCAUCACCAUCAGGAUGAAGAUUUUCAAAGGCCUGGUCAUAAAAUAAAGUGGAAACGAGGAAACCAACAUGGGGAUGAUGAGAAGCACAUGGGUAGAGCGACAGAUAUGGAGGAAGAUGAUUUACUUGACCAGACUUGUUACAAACAAGGGGAACGACAAAACAGGGAAGAAACAUCACAUCGGGGGCAACGGCACAUUCGUGAGGAUACGCACCACAAUGGUCUCCACGAAGAACGCGGAAGUGCAUUCAGUGGCAGGAGCGAAGAAAGGCGCCGAGACGGCUGCGAUCCGAAGAGAGGAGGAUCCACGAUAUGGCCAAGCCAUUUAGGCUGGAAAGAAAUCUCAGAACAAAUUAAAAGCAAGCUAUGCGUCGUGAUUAAAAAUAAACCAGCCGAGUGGAGCGAUUAUGAUUUGAGGAAGUUUAUAGAAUCCCAAUUUUCAGGCAGCAAUCACUUUCCCGUUUUUGAAGAUAUUUUUUUAACAAAGAGUUGUCCCACCAUAGCUACCCUUGCUUUUAAGAAUGAAAGAUUAAGAGAUCAUUUUUUAAAAUGCCAUAAGUUUAAGUUACCCUCUUCGAUUAGGCGAUAUGCACAUGAUGGUAACCGUGGAGGUGGAAACACAACAGCCAGCUACCACUACAACAGUAGGUACUCCAAUUUUUUAAUUCUUCAAGAAUACAUAGUGUCUCAUAAUGCAAGCCAUAUUAAUAAUGCAAAGAAACAGCCAUGCCAGAGAAAAGAUGGGGGCGGUCAUAGCUUCGUGGAAAAAUAUAAGGCGAACCAUUCCGAGGUUGCUGGUACCCGAAUGGGGGAAUCUACGAGUGAUGACUUCUCCAAAAGCGGUAGGUACAAAAAGCACAACAAUAAAUAUGUAUCAGAGAUGCGUUCAGGUAGCAGACAAGGCAGCACGGGCCGCCCGUACGAGAGAAGUGAGACGAACAGGAAGAUGAAUCAGUACGGAAAGCAUGCCCACCACACGAGGAGUUAG